AUGUCGCUUUCCGAUGACGACAUGGGCCGAAACCAGGAAUGUGGGCUGUACGAUGCAAUUGUCGACCGUUUCACGUACAGCGAGUUCUCCCAGAAGGAUUUCCUCCCUCAGAACGACUUCGAAUCGCUAAUCACCGAACAUACUAUCAAAGAAGAGCUAGACAAAGCUGCUUUCGGGGAAUAUGAUUCGUCACUUGUCAAGUACAUUACGAAACACGCGCGAAAAACGUUUGCUACCUUAGUCUAUGGAGACGCGGUCCGCAGGGCUAUCAACCUAGAAAGAUUCGAAUUCGGCGACAGAUACCUUCCCAUCGCUCUCGAAGGGCCACGUCUCAUCUCUCUCAACGGCUUUGCGCGAGAUUCUUCCGCGUGGAAGUGGUUUAACAAAUGGAGGACACAGGAGAAACAUUUCUUCUGUAAAGAGCAAUGGGUGUUUCUACCCCAAAUCUUCAGGAACGAUAGCACGAUGGAGAACUUACACCGAGACUGCCGAUUGCCCUUUAUCGCAUGCGAAUCUCAAGGUGAAGGGGGCAGUUUCAGCUUGUUACACAAGGCUACCAUACACCGUGCUCAUCAAACAGUCAGUUCGGACAAUCUCGUGAUUGCCAUCAAGGAACUGCGAAACAAGGAAGCCGGUGCCGAUCAGAGUGAACUCGAUGCGCUAGACCUGGCGAGGCAAUUGAAGCAUCCACAUAUCGUGAGAUUCGUCGGCGGCUUUAGGCAGAACUUCACGAGCCACUUGUUAUUCCAGUGGGCGGACGGAGGCAACUUGCGGUCGUACUGGAACAACGAGGAGAAUUGGUCUCGAGAUGCAGACCUCAUAAGCUGGACUAUUGAACAGAUACAAGGACUUGUUGCAGCACUCGAUCAGUGGCACAACAAUCCGUCUAGGCUUGCAUUAAACGGUCGACAUGGAGAUCUCAAACCAGAGAAUAUUCUUCGAUCUUCUGGUUCGCACCGUGGAAUAUUUCAAAUCGCAGAUCUGGGUCUGGCCAAGAUACACUCGUUGCCAACGCAUGCAAGAAAUAAGCCUUCAGCAUCGCCAGGUGGAACACUCCGAUAUAGGCCUCCGGAGGUGGGCCGAAAGAUCUCCAGGUCCUACGACAUGUAG